CCUUUCCCUACCUUAGAGGCUACGCGGAGUAGGAGAUUUCCGCCCUAUCUAAUUAUGGUUUAGGAUUUUAGAUCCUAAAUUACAGGAAAGGAAAACUUUAAAUCAGUUCCAACCGAAAUUUAAAGAAUAAAAAAUGAGAUUCAAAGUUUGGAGUCAUCCUAUCGAGAUAUCAUAUUCUACAACUUUGCUGUCAAAGGCGACAUUGUUCUACGUUGUGUCUAGUUUACUAACUGUUGUUCCUCCGCUUAUUAUUGCUUAUCGAAGUCAAGGAUUCUGGAUCAAAUCUGCAACAUACUCGGAGCAACCUGAUAUACACUUCAAACAUACUCUCAUAGUAAUUCUGGAGAAAAGUGACGGGACGGAUUUAAUCUGGAGCAGUCGAGAAUCCGACCUGGAGCUAGAGGGAGAUAGGGUUCGUAUCCCCGUGAUCAGAUCAAGGGAGGAGGAUGGGAACAGAGACGGGGUUCUGGACUCUCUCUGGUUGAACCUAGAGAUGCCAAUGGAUGGUUCGGAGGAGAUAACCGGGGUUCAGGCUCUUCUCCUCUUCGAUUACAAGCUAAAAAGAUUCAGCUACUUCGAGAUGACCGGCCUUGUAUAUCUCACUGGUCAAGGAAGCGCAGGUAGAAGUUUUCAAUGCUCCGGAGAUAUUCAGCUGAUUCAGAGACAACCUUUGUCCCAUAGAGGCCGGGAUUCAAGAUAUAUAGAGUCUCCUCUAGCAGGAGAACCACCGCUACAUCUAGCGGAGAUAUUAAGAAACUACGGAGCCCGAAAUAUCUCGCUCCGGGUGGAGAACAGCUAUAGUGUAUGGAGGCGAGGUACUGGAGUAGAGAACUUUGUUCUGGAACUAAACCUCAACUAUCCGUCUCAGACAGUAGAAUAUAUACCAGGGUUCUGGCAGACUAUUAAGGGGGGAUGGAUUCAGUAUUUAUCCGUUCUUGUCGUAUUUAUUUAUUUAUUUAACUCAAUCAAAACAUUUGUUUUCUCUCAGCAGAUUCUACCAACAAUCAUAGAAACCCCCUGGAAACAAUAAAAUCAAUAUUCUUUACAAAUAGAAUGAAAAAAUAAAAUAACCUACAACAUU